GAGCGAGCGAGAGAGAGAGAGAGAGAGAGAGAGAAGAGGAAGACGAAGCAGGAAAUAAGAAAGCAAGAAAGGGAAAAGAACCAGUCUGCAACGAUCAUUUCAAAACCCUUAUCAAAGAUUCGUCUCCUUUCUCCAUUUUCUUGUAAACCAAUACACAUUCAUACAUAUAUACAAACAGACAUAUACAUAGCUGUAUCAUAUAUACCCAUCAUUGUAUAUGAUUAUUCACUUUAUAAAUCCACCUUCCACCUUCCACCUUCCACCUUCCACCUUCUUUUACGUCGUCUUCAUUUCAUCACUUUGAAUUUUGACCUUUUUGUUCCUCUUGAUUAUCUCCAAUUUUCAGAUCCACCCAACCGUAAUUGCCCUACUGUAACUGGGUAAUUUCUCUCAGAUCUGCCAAAAAGAAAUUCAAACCUAGUUUUGUAUUUAAUGGAUGACCUUAAUUUGUUAGCCAGAGACUUUGGGUUUAAACCCCAAGGCAAAUCCAACCCUAUGAAAUCAUCCAGUUUCCGAUCCGACGGUCCUCCCCCACGAUCCACCGGCCGAUCAUCAUCGCCGUUCAUCAACAACAACAAUCACAGCGAUCCACUAUUCAACGACGUGUUCGGUGGACCCCCCAAUUACGCAAACAGCAACAUGGAAAAGGCUUCGUCACUCUCUGAUUUUGAUUACGAUUCGAUAUUCAAGAGCUCGAGGGCGAAUGAAUCGACAACUAAAUCGGCUUCGUCGGUGCCAGUUUAUGAUAAGCCGUUGUAUGAUGACGAUAUAUUCGAUGGAUUGCCUGGACUGAAGAGCAAAACGACGUCGGUUUCCGUUGGGUACGAUGAAAACGUAUUUGCGUCGAUGGCUUCGCCGCCGAAGCAGAGCGAUCAGUUUGGUGACUUAGACGGGCAUUUGGGAAGGACCGAGACGUUGGAGUUGAGGGAGGUUAAGAGUUCGAGUGGUCUGGAUGAUUUGUUGCCUGGAUUUGGUAGUGGCGGUCCAGCAAGAAACAAUAACAGGCCAAUUUCAGAAUCAAGUCCGCACCAGAGGUCAACUGGCAAUACCAAUCAAACAACUUCUAAUGUGUUGGAUGACCCCUUUGUAGUUUUAGAAUCUCCUGCGGCUUCAUCCACAGGGCUGUUCACUGAUCCACUGGAAGAGAUUGGUAAGAUGGGUAAAUCUGGAAACACAAAGACUGAUCAUUCAUCUGUUAGUGGAGCAGUAUUUGAUGAUAUAGACCCCCUUAAUGGUUUUGGCAAGUCUGUGCCUGCAUUUUCUCCUGAGAGGAAUAUCAGGGAGAAGGAUGGGAGUCCUUCAAGGACAGCGGCAACCAUGAGUGAGAAUCAAACUUCUUCGAGUAAAGAACAUUUUGGGAAAUCUUCCUUUAGAUAUUCUGAGAGCCAUUCCCAAGAGAAGGUUCCUGUUGAUAAUUUUCAGGAAUCUCCUCAAACACACUUCGACUUGCCAACCUUUUCAGCAGAUUCUCUGAAAUCUUUUAUUCAAACUGCUUCUUUCCCUCCAAAUGGAAAUGUUGACUUUACUGAGACACACUCCCAGGUAGAUAUUUCUCCGAGAUCAGAAGAACAAGUGCGAUCAUCUGAUGAUGUAUGGCUCACUGUAUCAGAGAUACCUCUUUUUACACAACCCACAAGUGCUCCACCACCUUCAAGGCCCCCUCCUCCAAUACCAAAGUGGGGUUCAAAGCCAGUAACAGGUCUAUUUUCUUCAAAUGCUAGAAAGAAGGGAGACGAGUUUUCUCCUUCUGCAAAUUACGCUCAUUACUCUCAAAGUCCUAAAACCUUCAGGCCUGCGGUGAAGAGCUCUGUGGUUUCUUCAAUCGAUGAACUUGAUGAUUUUGCCAUGGGUGGGACCCGAAAUAGUGUCGAAGGCAAUGCUGAUGUUAAAUCUGGUGAGGAAAUGAACGUAAACUCUGCAGCUGCUGCUGCUGCUUCUGCUUCUGCUUCUGCUUCUGCUUCUGCUAUGAAAGAAGCUAUGGAUAAAGCUGAGGCUAAAUUUAGGCAUGCAAAGGAAGUAAGAGAUAGAGAAUAUGUUAAGGUUGCUAGAAAUAAAGAAGCCGUGCAGUUGGAAAAAGAUGAACAGGCCAUGCAAGAUGCUCAAGAGAGAGAAUUCAGGGAAAACCAGGAGCGGUUAGAUCUUGAACGGCGACAAAGGGAAAAGGAAGAGGAAGAGAAAGAACAGAGGAGACUUGAGAGGGAGAGGGAGAGAGCAAGGGAGAUUGAAAGAGAAAGGGCCAGACAAGCUGUGGAAAGGGCUACUAGAGAAGCAAGGGAAAGAGCAGGGGCAGAGGCACGCGAUAGAGCAGCUGCUGAAGCUCGUUUAAAAGUUGAAAGGGCCGCAGUUCAGAGAGCACAAGCUGAAGCCCGUGAAAGGGCGGCGGCAGAAGCUAGAGAUAGAGCAGAAAGGGCUGCUGCAGAAGCCAGGGAAAGGGCAAAUUCCGAAGCAAGGGAGAAAGAAGCACAGGAGAAAGCUACUGUUGCUAGGGCUGAAGCUGAAGCUCGACGUAGAGCAGAACGAGUUGCUGUUGAAAGGGCUGCUGCAGAAGCUCGUGAAAGGGCUGCUGCAGAAGCUCGAGAGAGGGCUGCUGCUUCGGCAAGGAUGAACCAACAAAAUAAUGAUAAUGAUCUUGAAUCCUUCUUUAACAUGGGAUCUCGGGCAAGCAGUGCACCUAGGCCAAGGGCAAACCCUUCGGAUCCUGUGUUGGAUCCCCAAUCCCAGGGCAGGGCACCAACCGAAACGGCGAGGAGGACUUCUUCUUCUGGUGGUGCCUCAUCCAAUAUGAGGAAAGCGUCUUCCACUACUAAUAUUGUUGAUGAUCUUACUUCAAUUUUUGGAGGUGCUCCAUCAUCUGGAGAAUUCCAGGAAGUAGAAGGGGAAAGUGAAGAAAGAAGAAGAGCUAGACUAGAUCGCCAACAACGCACUCAAGAGCGUGCGGCUAAAGUGCUGGCUGAGAAGAAUCAGCGUGACCUUCAAGUUCAAAGGGAUCAAGAAGAAAGACAUAGAAUGGCAGACACAUUAGAUAUUGAGAUUAAGCGCUGGUCUGCAGGGAAAGAGGGAAAUUUGCGUGCACUACUGUCGACAUUGCAAUAUGUGCUCUGGCCUGAAUGUGGUUGGCAGCCUGUUUCUUUGACUGAUUUGAUUACGGGUGCCUCAGUUAAAAAGGUUUACAGGAAGGCAACUUUGUGCAUCCAUCCUGACAAGGUGCAACAAAAAGGUGCUAAUCUGCAACAGAAAUAUAUUGCUGAGAAGGUGUUUGACCUGCUUAAGGAGGCCUGGAACAAAUUUAAUUCAGAGGAGCUUUUUUAA